UUCAAUAUAACACACAGCAGAAAACCCAAGAUUCCUUCGCCUCUCCGAUUAUUGGUUCUCUCGUUGUUUUGGUAGUAAGCAAGAUUUCAUCUUUUCUGCAAAUUUAAGCAAUUGGGUUUCCAAUAUUAUCAAAUUGCGCCUUCAAAUGAAUCUGAAUUGAUUUCAUAAUUCUCUGUAGCAAACUCUAUGUUGUUGUUGUUGUUUUUGAGAACGAAGAGAAAUCACAGUUAUAGCAUUCUAGGGCAUUCAAAAUUUGAACUUUGUACCGCUAACCCCAUCUCCAUUCGAGUAUCUGGGUUCAAAAUUUGAACUUUGUUUGUCUGAACGAAUAGCUCGUACUGUGGAAGUGGUGAUUAGUAAAUGGCAACUUGGAUUUAUGUGAAAACCCCAAGAAAUGGGUACUUGAGUUUAUGUGAUGCAAUGUUUAAUUUUCAUCUUGUCCGAAGGUUUUCUCUCUGGUCAAUGAAGAAAGAUCCAGAUCUUGAAGCUGUAUUACAUAGAAAUCGUAGAUGGGUAGUUAAUAAUCAGAUUAAGAACAUUAUUAUGAGAUGUCCUGACCAGGUUGCAUCAGUAAAGUAUCUGCAGAAGAAGUUUAAGACUCUUGAUCUUCAAGGCAAAGCUUUGAAUUGGCUUAAAAAAUACCCUUGUUGCUUUGAAGUCUACCUUGAGAAUGACGAGUAUUAUUGUGGGAUGACUAAGAGAAUGAUGUUUUUGGCUCAAGAGGAAGAGUCUGUAAAGGAUAUGCAAGAACCGUUAUACGCAGACCGAUUAGCUAAGUUGUUGAUGAUGACCCGUGAUCAAAGGUUAAAUGUUAUGAAACUUAAUGAACUAAGGAGAAAUUUUGGAUUUCCUGAUGAUUAUUUGCUCAGAAUUGUACCUAAGUACCCUCAAAUAUUUAGAGUUGUUAACCACACUGGGAGACGGAGUUCGAUGGAGAUAGAACUCACAGCCUGGAAUCCUGAUUUAGCUAUUUCUGCAAUCGAAACAAUGGCUAAAAAGGAUGGUCGAGAGCCAUGCUUUCCGUGCUCGUUGCCUCCAACUUGGGUCAAAUCAUUGGAAAGGUUUGAAGAUUUUAAUUCUACUCCAUAUAUUUCACCUUAUUCAGGAUUUGAUGGUUUAGUGGAGGGUUCAAAGGAAAUGGACAAGAGAACAGUGGGGUUGGUGCAUGAAUUGUUGUCAUUGACCUUGUGGAAGAAAGCAUCAAUUUUCAAAUUGGGCCAUUUUAGAAGAGAAUUAUGUCUACCAGAGAAAUUAAAUGUUCUUCUGCUCAAACAUCCUGGAAUAUUCUAUGUUUCUAACAGAUACCAGAUCUAUACAGUUCUCCUGAGGGAAGCAUAUAAUGGGUCUGAACUGAUCGAAAAGGAUCCUCUUCUUGUUGUCAAGGAGAAGUUUGGUGAAUUGAUGCAGGAGGGACUCCAUGAAUAUAAUCGCAGACAUUAUCUAUUAAAUUUGGAGAAGAAGAGGAACAGAGGCAUGAUAAUGCCAAAGCCAGAGAAAAGGAGGAACCAAAGCGACGAAACAUUAGAACAAGAGGGAGGAGAUCUAGGUGGCAUAUUUGAUCCGGAAGAGAGAAAGCGGUUUUACAAAGUUCUGUUUGAUGACAAUACUCCAUAAGGAACGGAAGAUGUAAACAUAUCCAUAUUAACAUCACUUUAUUUCUCUGAUCCCCUUGUGCCUCUCCCUGUUGCCCCACCAAGAAAAGCUUAUAAGAUGAGCUAAAAGAAUCUGCUAGGAUCAGCUCCUUCCUUUCUCUCCUUACAUAUUUCUUUUCAGAAAUAAAACAAAUGUUAGGCUGAAGCUCUCGUGCUUUACUGUGGAAAUACAUUGAUUGUUUCUAUACUCUGUUGAAGGAAGAGAGGGAAGACUACAUACUAUGCUCCCAUUUGGAGGGGGGUUGACUCCAAGAUAUCUGAAGGACGAUGAAAUUAUUCUUGUGUGCGCCAUAUCUGUUUUUCCUCUGCUUUCUAGGACCUGUUUGCAUCUGCUACUCCUGCUGUCUUACUUUGCACUCUCUAUUGGUUGUGAAAGGGGGAAAUAAACUAAUUUCACAGUGCCAAAUUGUUUUGAUAUUUGUCAAGAAACCAUCGUUUCAGUCCCAAAUUCAAGUUUUCCUCAACUCCUGUUUCAAAUUUAAACACAAAUCAAGACCCCCACUUCAAAUUUUCUAAAACCUACCAGUAGGGACUCCCAAUAAGUUCAUGUGUUGUUUAAGAAUUCUCUGCGGUUGAAAGAGCACUUAUGUGGCAUCACUGGUGCAUUCACAUAUGGGUGUCUCCACCCACUUGACACUAUCAAAACUAAGCCGCAAACUAAGGGGUGUCUGAGAUUUACAGUGGAACAAUUGAUGUCAUUGUCAAAACUUUUCAAAGCAAAGGGUGUCUUGGAUAUCACAAUGGUGUUUCUGCUGUAAUUGUUGGGUCCACUUCUUCCUCAGCUGUGUAUUUUGGGAAUUGUCCAAAUUUCCAGUAUACUCUUCUGUGCUUACUCCACCCAAAGCUGGGGCAAAGGGAGGAUAGGGUCAUCGGCUAUAAUGGCGCUGAAGGAAUUGAUUACCCAUAGGAUUCAGUCUGGGGCUAAAGGGAGGUCUUGGCAGGUAUUGAUGAGAAUCUUGGAAAAAGAUGGAAUCUUGGGAUUGUAUGCUGGAUAUAGUGCUACAUUGUUGAGGAAUUUCUCUGCUGGGGCCUUGAGUUAUUCAUUGUUUGAUUAACUCAAGGGAGCGUUUGGAGCCAUUUCAGAGUGUUUGUUGUGGGGCACUGGUAUCAGCUUCACUAACAAUGCUUUUAGUUGUGGUGAAGACUAGGUCGAUGAUUCAAUUUGAUUCUGAACCUGCCAAUAAGGUUGAUGUCGCUAUGGUUACUGGCGUCUUGGCUACUGUUAGACAGAUAUUGAAAGGAGAAAGGUGAACUGGUUUUUCAAUGGGAAUGGGCCCUAGAGUAUUUCAUAGUGCUUGUUUUUCAGCUCUGAGGUACUUUGCAUUUGAAACAGCUAGGUGUACAAUUCUGGAUCAGUAUCUGAAGCAUAAGGAGUUAGAGUCUUUGGUUCCCGCAGAAGAGCAUAUGCAUCCCAUGUCGAUUUGAGUGUAGGGGUGUGGUUCUUAAAUUCAGUUAUUAAACUUUUGAUGCAUUGGUAAUACCAGCAAGCCCUGUUAGGGAUUUCUCCUCAUCAAUCCUCUUACUGCAAGAUAAUUUCUUUUAUCUUGGCUCUGUUGCCAUUACAGACUCUCCACGACUCGUACUUACAUCACAUUGGAACUGCAGAAAAUGCUCACUGGUUUCUUUGCAGUGGCAACAAUGAGACGAUUAACCAAGUUCUAAUCGAUUGGACAAAAUUCAUGGCUCGAUCUUACAAUGUCCUAGCUACUACAAUCUAAUGGUACUAACGCUAGGUGUAGUACUGUAGGGGGGGGGGGGUUGCAGGUAAUAAAUAGCAAAAA